AAAUAAAAAAGAAAAGUUCAAAUCUCGGUCUAAAUCUAUUCGCAUAUCUGAUUCAGUACCUAGCAGUAACUCAAUACUAGUUGAUACUGAUGACUCUACAAAAAAAAUAACUAGCAAGGAUCUGGAUGUAUUAUAUGAAAAAGAAGCUAGAAGGGAUGAGAAAAAUAUAACGAAUAUGACUCGCCUAUUAGCCUCUACUUAG